UAGAAAUUCGACCAACUAAAAUAAGUGCAGAAUAUUUAGUUCUUAGUCAAAAAAAAGGAACUAGAUUAUUUUAUACUGUUAAUACGGAAUUAUUCUCUAAAUUUUUUCCAUCUUUAUCACCAAACGAUCAUGCUUGGUUUUCAUAUAUCGUGUAUG